GGUUUCUAGUUUCCUAGAAGCAUGGGUCCUUCCCCCACAUAGUUGUGCUUGUGGGCGGUGUUUUUAAAUAUAUGCUAAUACAGCUGUCCUGACCGGAGGGAGAGAGCUCAGUCUCUCAGACACAGCCCAUCUGACAGCACAGAGCAACGAGAAGCUUUCAGAGAGGGCGGCCAUGCAUUUGCUUUGGGGACAGGGUCAUUUGAUCCAAUAAGUUAGUAAAUACCGGUCAUUGUCUCUGUCGACAAGCUGUAGAGAAGAGACAUGUGCCUCUGAUAAUGGAGAUAAAAGACUCGGGCAGCGUGGUUCUGACAGCCUAUCAUUCCUACACUCCUUCCAGGAUACCGGUCAUGGAAAAGAGCUUCACCCCAGAGAUUUCAGCCAGCCAUCCUCUCAGCAGAAAAUCUCUCCCUCAUUGCCGAAGAAUUAACAGAAUGUUAUCGAAUGAAUCCCUCCAUCCCCCUGGGUUCAGUCGCUCCAACUCGCAGGCCUCUGUGGACAGCACCUCCAUGGAGGACUUUUGGUGUGAAGUAGAAAGCAUCAAAGAGAAUAGUGAGGAGGGGCAAGAUGAACAAACACUAAUUGAUAUCAAGCCAGCUGAUGAAGGGGAACUUGAAGCGGAGUGGUUACAAGAUGUGGGUUUAUCAACAUUGAUAUCAGGAGCACAAGAGGAAGAUGGAGCAGCUUUGCUCUCUACCUUGACUCGGACGCAGGCAGCUGCUGUACAGAAGCGGUACAAUACCUACACUCAAACCAUGAGGAAAAAGAACAAACAUUCAGUCCGGGAUGUGAGGGAUAUCUUUGGAGUCAGUGAGUCUUCGCCAACAAUUGACACAGUUCCAGUACCCCUAGUUCCCUCCAAUGGUUUGCAGGGGCCAGGGAAGAAGCCUAUUUGGAAAGCAGUGAACUCCAAUAGUUGUCUUGACUUUGGGCUAGAAAAGGACACUCCGUCAGUAGCCGAAGAACUUUCGUUUGAGCUCUCUUUCUCAGAAUGCAUCACAGAAGUUCCUAAGGAAAAAGAAAGUCAGAAAAUCCAGAAGUUUAAAAAAGAAGAUUCUUCUUUAACUAAAUUUAUUGUUCGGAAAAGCAGAUUCGGAUUGAGCGAAGUGGAGGAUCUGUCAGUCGAAGACUUAAAGAAGAUCCGCUACCUCUCUCUCAUUGAAUUGACCGCCUUCUACGACGCCCUGGGCAUCGAACUAAAGAGGAACCGGACUGAGAAAGUGAAGGGACGCGAGAGUGGUCUUUUUGGAGUGCCGCUUACAGUCCUGCUGGAAAAUGAUCAGAAGAAGGCACCUGGAACAAAAGUUCCUCUCAUCUUUCAAAAACUCUUACAGAAGCUUGAGGAAACAGGGUUGGAAACUGAAGGAAUUCUUCGAGUCCCAGGAUCUGCCUCCAGAGUCAAGAAUCUCCGCCAAGAGCUGGAAACCAAAUUCUACGACGACACGUUCGACUGGCAUCAGGUGCGCAACAAUGACGCGGCGGGCUUGCUCAAGAUGUUUAUAAGAGACCUCCCCAGCCUGCUCUUCACCGUGGAAUAUCUGCCGGCCUUCAUCGCUCUGGUGGAAAGAAUCUCCAAGAUUAAAUUGCAGCUCCAAGCUCUGCAUCUGCUAAUCAUGUUACUGCCUGAUGCCAACAGAGACACAGCCAAGGCCUUCUUGACGUUCCUCAAGAAAGUGAUUGCAAACGAAGGGAAAAACAAAAUGAGCUUGUGGAAUGUUUCCAUGAUUGUGGCCCCAAAUCUCUUCAUCUACAAAGGCAAGCGCUCCAACCAAGAAGAAAUGCAGACGGCCGCGACAACAGCCCAUAUUGUUCGACUUCUGAUUCGCUACCAGGAUAUCCUGUGGACCGUUCCAGCCUUCCUGAUUUCUCAGGUGAGAAAGAUGAAUGAGGCAGCCAUAAACAAUACCAAGAAGCAGCUGAUGUUUGACAAGAGUGUAAGAAAACUCCUGAGGAGAAAGACCAUGGAUCGAGAGAGGCCCGAAAGGCCAGAGUCCGACAUACCAGAGGGAGUCAUAAGAGUUUAUGCUCCACUUCAUUCUAAAGUGUCUAUGGCCAUUCAGCUCAACAGUCAGACCAAAGCCAAAGAUAUCCUGGCUCGAUUUCACUGUGAAAACAGACAUGGGGGAUUACACAAAUUUAUUGAUGGAAAAGCAGAUGGAUCUAAUGGGGUGAAGACCAUAUCUCUCUUACCUAAUCAUGGAAGGUUUCCUGGAAGAGCUAUGGAUCACCAAGUAGCAUUAAAGUCCAGAGCCAAAGCUUAUAUGAAAUUGGAGGCAAUAUCGGUCAGCACUGUUUGGACCCAGAUGCCUAUAUGUUGGAUGUGUACCAUGCCAAUCCACAAGCAGAAUGGGUGAUAAAACCCAAAACAAGUUGAAGCUUCCAGAGAUGCCUUUAUUUCUGACGAACAGAAAGACUGUGAUGGUGUUUUCCAGACUUGUCAGGAAGUCCUGAUCGUGAUGGAAACUGACACGUGUCCUUCCGACCACAUCUGUGUUUCCCAUCCUUCUCUCCUCUAAAAUUUUUCCAAACGCUGGGAAGUGACUGGCAGCUGUCACUUGUUCCCCAGUGAAGCUUUAGGGAAUGACAGCCAGUGGUACCCGCUAAGUCCGAGAAUCCUCACUUGCCAGUGGUUGGAGAGAAGGGUUGAGGACACUGUGUUAAACCGUGGUUACCCUGUGGAAGAACAUGCCAAUCUACAGAAACAAGGGUUCUUCAUCUUUGGCAGGAUCUGGACUUAAAACUGCAGUGAACCCUUACUUCCCCUUGAGAAAAGAAACUCCCUACCUGUAGCAAACACUACCGGAUCCAAGAGAUUAUUGGGGCGGUGCUAGAAUGAGGAAGCCAGUCCCUUCCUCUUAAAAGAUGGGCUUUCCUUUAUAGGUUGUUAAAGAUGCCAAAAGUGGUUGCGUGGCAAAAAUCAGACUUUCUUCCUUGAAAGGAAAUUAGGUGAACGGAAGAUGAACACUAUUUAUGCUUUAGACCCACUCCUCAUUACUAGGUGAUUCUGAGGGGAAAGAGCUACUGUUCGUAGAAUCAUGUACUGUGUAUGUACGUUGUACUGUAUCGUUAUUAUCGACACUCUGCUACCAAUGUGGAUAGUUCCAUAUCUAAACACUUGGAGAUCAAUUUUCUAACGACGGCCUUACGAAACAAACACCAAACACCAAAGUUACUUUGACAAAGGAUGAGUUUGUCCAUCCUUUCAUACUGUUCCUUUUAGACAACUGCUGCAGAUCCUAAACGUUUUCCGAUCAUGAUUCCGUUUGCUGAAUAUGUUUCUGUGUGUCUGACAGUUGUUUUCUUUUACCCCCUUCCAUGCCUUUCCUAUUUCAGAGGGCAGUUGUUACACACUUCUGCAGCCCUCCUUUCAAAGAUGCUUUUAUCCAAAUGCUUACAAGUGUUGGAAAAGAGUUACAUCUGGAUCUUGUGAGAUGGAGGAGGUAGUAUUGAAUUUUGUUCAUCCAUCAUAGCCAGAGCCAAAUAUUGCAGAUUAAAAUCAAGUUGUAAGGACAUAUGCAGGUUUCCUUCUCUAUGGAAAUCCUGAAUGUUCGUUUUCCAAACUCUGAAUCUGCCAAAGCAUGAGGUCAUUAAUUAUCCUGGUUUGUGGAUGAAUGUUUUCAAUUAUACUAUCAUUUGACAAUGCAAUAAAUGUUAAAUAAUUAUGCAGGUCUCCUUUUCCCAGCUAGUUGGAAGACUGAGCUUUCUACCAUCUGCUGGAAAUGACUGCAGUUUACAAAAUGGCAAUGGUGCAUUUUGGUAGAAAUUACAUUAUUGUAAUUGCCAAGCAUGCUAGGUGAAAUGGUCUUUGCAUUCGGAUUUUGAGAGACGUGGUUGAGAUGCUGAUCGACCGUCUUAGAUACAACACAGGCAAGAAGCAAGACCACAUUAGGCAAGGAAGAGACGUUAUGCUUUUGAAUGUCUGCUUUAUAUAUCUCCUAUAUAUACACAUAUGUCUAUUAUAUCUAUAGGAUCUUUAACUGCUAUAUAUGCAUACAUAGAGAAAAAGAGAGAAAGAGAGAAAGAAUGAUGUUUUUCAUACUCAAAAAUGAUACCCAAAUACACCUUUGCGUGAACAAGACUGACUAGCUGUCUUUAAUGUUUUUCACUCCCUUGUGCUGAAAAAGGGAUUACUUAAGUAGCACAGCCACUUUGGGACGAAGCUUCGAGGAGUCAAUGGUCUUGGAAAGUACUGGAACUGUUAGUGUGUUCUAUGUUGUACAUACAGUAUAAACUACCUCACUUGGCCAUAUUUACUCAGACAAAAAGCAUCGUGGAUUAAGAAUACUUGGUGUUUCAAAAUGUUCUUGAAGUCUUAUUUAAAUCACCUGAUUUUGCUUUCGAAGUUCCUAGUUGAAUAAUACACCAGUGCAAAAAAGCAAAAUUAAACAUUUCCAUGAAUGUUGUGCUCUGCAGGAAUCUGUGCCGAAGACACAUUCUUGCAUUAAUCUUUGGUUUCUGGACCCAUUCGGAUGACUGGGAGGAUUCCCAGGAGUUCAGUUGUGGGUCAAAAUGUCCCAUCUUUUCUUUCAAUCUUUCUUCAAUUAUUUUCCACAGUGGGUUGCUGAAUUGGAAAAUAUUACAAUGCCACUAAAGCCAAGUAUUGGAAUAUUCCUCCCAUCUCCAAGGGAAAUGUUGAUUGUUUUGUUACAGUAAGGGCUAUUGUAGGAACAAUAGCGGAUUUGUAAAGGCAAUUGUGUACACUGCAUUUUAACCAGGAAAAUAAAUACAAAAACCUAAACCAGAA